UUUCCAGUGUGACGGAACAGUUCCUAGGCUUGAUAGGUUCUGGACGUUCCUCUUGACAAACGUACACGGCUCCGUCAUCCUGUUUGGUGACGUUGAGGUCAUAGGUCAACUUGGUUCCAUCCGCCAUGUUGUUGUCCACUGCCAGGAGGGAGCCAUUGCUGAGCUGCUGGUACCAUUGUAGUGAUGAUGGAGGGCGGCCGGAGGUGGAGUUGCAGGAUAACGACGCCUUCGUCCCCGCUACAAGGUCGUCUGAGGACACCGAGCAUUCCGGGGGACUGGGGUUCUCUGCUUACGUACUGAGAGUGACUUGGUCUGAGGGGAGUGAACACGUGAUCUACCGGCGCUUUUCCGUUGUCCAUGAUUUCCACAAUGAGUUGGAAGAAAUGUUCCCAUUGGAGGCAGGUGUCAUCGAUGAGAAGGAACGUAUCCUUCCUCGUCUUCCCGGAAGAAUCCUCCUAGGUAGGACGCGGACACAGAAAAUCGCGGAGAAACGUCUUCUUCACGUCGGCAAAUUCUGCAGGGAACUGAUCGCCUUGCCACCGAGGAUAUCAAGAUGUAAAUUUGUGCUGCGCUUCUUUGAAGCCAAACGAGAAGACAUCAAUCCGCCGUCAGAGGAAGCACUGAAAAAGCCGGCUCUGAACCUGGCCCGCCUAUCGAAGUGCCAAUCGAAGCAGCCGGAGAUAGUGGCUGAAACCCCCGAGACGGCAGAACCUCCCACACCCAUCGAGGUGUCCAGCCCGCUGGCACUGGAACCCUACCGGACCAUAGCCGCCUACGAGCGCCGCGGGGAGAACGAGAUCAGCUUCGAGUCGGGCCUGCAAGUAGAUGUGAUGGAGAAGACUCGGAACGGUUGGUGGUUUAUUUGUAUCGAUGACGAUCAGGGCUGGGCGCCUGCGUCAUACCUGGAACCGCUCACUCUGUCCGUGGGGACCGAACAAGAGGGGAAGGCGGGAAACGGUAAGAAGUAUAUAGCGACCCAUGAGUAUCGUGCACAAGAGGAGGAUGAACUAGAUCUGGAGAAAGGCACGGUGGUGGAGCUGCUCACGGAGUAUCAGGAUGGGUGGUGGCUUGUCAGGUACAACGGAAAGGAGGGCUAUACGCCGUGCGUGUUCCUGACGCCCCUAGCGGAUCCCAUCAUUAAUGUAAAGGUGUGGAAGAACCCGAACCGGCUGUCCGUGGCGCAGGGGGAGAAACAGGCUCUGCUGUCGGAGACGCCAAACCUGUCAUCCGGGACUCCCACACAGCCGAUACGGUCAACCCUCUACGGUCUGGAAGGAUUACGUCAUCAGCUGAGCGUUCUUACCCAGAAUUCCACGGAGAACAACAGCACGACGGAAGAGGAACAGCCGAAUUCGAACACCGACCCUUCCGACGACUCGUUCGAAAGCGACUGGGGGGACGACUUCGACGCCACGGACUCAGAGUCUGCCGAGCCGGAGCAGUACCGCGCUAUCGCCGCCUACCAGUCCAUGGACGACACGGAGAUCAGCCUGGAGGCCGGCGACACGGUAGACGUCAUCAAGAAAAACGAAAACGGUUGGUGGUAUGUGACGUGUAAGGGUCAAUCUGGCUGGGCUCCGGCCUCUUACCUGGAACCAGUGGACCACUGCCCGGAAAAGGACGAAAUAGCCCUAGGAGAAGGCGAGCGGUACAUCAGCAAGUUUGACUACCACGCAGAGAACGAAGACGAGGUGGAUUUCGAGCGGGGGGAGACCCUGGUGGUGCUAAGGAAGUAUCUGGACGGCUGGUGGCUCGUCAAGUUUAAUGACAAAGAAGGAUUCGCGCCAUCCACCUACCUGGCGAAAGAGGACGUCGGGCAGAGUCUGGAGUAUCCUUACGGUGGACCUGCGGAGGGAACAAAUGCCCAGACGAGUGACGAGGAAACACAGAUAGCAGAUAAAGCCCCGCCUCCCAGACGGUGCACCAUUUCCGUGGCUGACUCCAUGUACCCAUCGUUCCGCCGCGUGGCAAUGGAGAGGGUGAAGAGUGAGGAAUGCGGGAGCCCGUCGCCAGAAGAUGACGCAGCAGUCUCAUGUUUAGGUGACAACUGGCAGUUGAAGAGCCGAGAUCCCCGGGACGUCCUGAUGCGCAACCUGCCUCCCCCUCCGACAGAGAGUGGUAGCAUCCAUGGCGCAAAGCAAACCUUGAAGAGAAUGACAUCAGCUGAAGAAGAAGCGAGAAGAAGGAACCUAGAGACGGAAACGUACCGAGCUGUCGGUGCUUACGAGAAAACGUGCGAGAAGGAAGUCAGCUUCACUGCAGGGGCGACCGUGCACGUCAUACACAAGAAUGAAAACGGGUGGUGGUACGUGUGGAUAGGUAAAGACGAGGGCUGGGCGCCAGGGUCCUACCUGGAGCCGAUCGACCACGAUCCGCAGAGGGACACGGUCUUCAUGGAGGGUCGGUCCUCCGCCUACAUCACCACGCAUGCGUACAGCCCGCAGAUGGAGGAUGAGCUGCAGUUCGACAAGGGUCAAAGGGUAGAGGUCAUCAUGAAGAACUUGGAUGGCUGGUGGCUAGUCAGUAUCGCUGAGAAGCAAGGCUUUGCUCCGGCUACCUACUUAAAGAAGGUGAACAAGGUGUCCCGUCGGUACAAGAAGGACCUAAGACACCCCAGAAGUCGGCCCGGCAGUACCUCCAGCAGUAGUCAGGAGGAGGAGAUGAAGGCCCUGGGGUUACACGACAUCAGCUUCAUCCUGCCGGAGCAGCUGGAAAACGCAGCGCCGCCGAGAAGGUGUUCCAUCAUGGAGAUUGGCAGUCGUCUGAAGAAGUCGUCCAACCGCCGAUCCGGGGUCAGAUCCCUCUACAUACAGGACCCCAUCCCGGAGGAUCCGUGAUCGGGAUCUCAUGCAACACUAGAUCCCUGUCGAUAUAUGAUCAUAAUCACAUCACGCUCGAUAGUAGAUCUCUAUCGAUAUGUGAUCAUAAUCAAAUCUCACUCAAUACUAGAUCCCUGUGAAAUAUGAUCAAAAUCAAAUCUCAUUCAACACCAGAUCCCUGUUGGUACGUGAUUUUAAUCAUAUCUUACUAAAUUGUAGACCCCAGAGGAUCCACGAUCUCAAUCACACAAUCCUCGAUCCCUGUUAAAACGUAAUCUUGAUUAAAAAAACACUCGACGGUAGAUACCACUAAAUAUGUGAUCAUGACCAACUCUCAUUCAAUAGUAGAUCCCUGUACGUGAUCUAGAUCAAAUCUUACUCUAUACUAGACCCAGAGGACCAAUGAUCUUUGUUAAGUCUCACCCAAUCCUGGAUCCCUGUCAAAACGUAAUCAUGAUCAACACUAGAUCCCGGUCUAUGGGUGAUCAUGAUCAAAUCACACUCGAUAGUAACGUUAGAUUCCACUCAAUAGGUGAUCACGACAAAAAACUACUCAAUACUAACAAAUCCCACACAGAACAACGAUACACUUCUAUAGGCUAAAGUAAACGAAAUAUCUUUGCAGACAACUUGUGGGUAGUUCGAGUUUAUCAACAUGGCAUUGUAUAGAACAUACGCACAAGACUGGCGAUACAAUUAAAAGAGUUUGAAGCAGAAAAUCCUGACCGAGCUUACUGCCACAUGUACAUGUAGUGAUGUACACAAGAAACAGAACCUGAUGUAGUAGGUUGGUAACUCACUUUGUAACUUGUACCGAAUUGAUAGCGUAUAUAUUAAGUGUAACAAAGUUAUAAAGAAGUUUUUACCCCUACAAAAUUGUUGAAAUAAGCACGUUCAUCGUUCCGAGUACGCAUGAGCAGCGACUGGAAUUGUGGGUAAUAGUAUAAACGAUUUGCAUGAUAAUGUCUAAAUGUGUUUAGUUUAUCCUUUUGUCUCAGUGGCCUUCACCUUUGACAUAUUACCCAUAAUACAUGUCGCUGCGCAUGUGCACUCAAAAUUGUGGACGAGCUUAUUGUCAUCUUACUGUAACGUUAGCAGGGCUGUAAAAGUUUUGUAACCCCUACAAAAGUGUUGAAAUGCAAGCACUCGUAGCAAAGUGAUUCAACAAACAGUUGGGGAAAACUAGUCAGUCUGUAAAAAGAAACUCAAGAAAAUUUAACCCCUACAGAAUUGUGAACGAGUACUUCAUCAUGCCCUCCACAGUAAUUCCUAAGUAAAAAGUUUGGAACCAUGCGUUCGAACAUGGCAGGUGUAAGACGUCGCGAUUUACUGUGCUGACAUCAUAACUAAGUGUGUACUCUGUAAAUAUGCCCACGGUAUGGAAACGUGGCUUUGGCCGUGUAUGUUACAUCAGUUUUGAAAGGACCCCUAUUUGCAGAUGAAUUAUGGCUUAGGGCGUGCCUCACAAGCCAUGUAGAGGGAUACAGUUCACAACGGGGUCAUAUUUGCUCGGAGGAUGUUCCCGUCUGGUGAAAGUCUUUAACUGUUCUGACGUCAAAGCGGGUAUCUCAUAUUCUCCAAGCAGAGGUUGAGUCGCGGAGAUAUAGUAGAACUACUAUAUCUCCGCGGCUCAACCUCUGCUUGGUGAAUAGGUAUCUCAUCGGAAUGCGCCAAACUGCGCUAGGAAACUGUGCCAACUUUGCGAAAUUGUGACAAUUUUCUCCUGUGGUCACACUGACGUAGCCUCUACCAGGCUCCAUAGGUUGCUGCAAAAAUGGUAGAAAUUGGCCAAAUUCAAUGGCCGAGGAAUACCUUAGGUCGCAAACUGUACUUCUUGGCCAUCAAACUCCUCUGGCGGGCGUAUUUUCUGUCUUAUUUGGCCAAUUUUGACUAUUUUUCCGACUACCUGUGGCCGAGUCUGGUAGAUGCUUACACUGACGUGCAACGUGUUCGCGUAUAAAUCCCAGAUAAGCCCAACAAAACGGCUGCACCCAGAUGUCACAUCUGCAGAUAGAUAACUUUGAUGGGAUUCACAAUGUUUCCACUACAUCAAAAAUCCAAUGUACAAUGAUUUAAAAAAAAAUCAAUUAGCAAAUACAUUUUGAAAUCAAAAUCGAAAUUUCAGGCGGCGAAUUGCGCAGAUAAUUACCAUGAGCCACUUUGCGAAUACCUGGCUCAGUCUGGCGCAGUUUUGAGAUACCUGCAGUUUUGAUAUACAGUCUCUACUAGACAUCCAUGUACAAAUGUGUAUAUCGAGUUCUCUUUGGGGUUGUGUGCAAUAAUCUUCUGAAACGUUCUUAGGCUGUUAUAAAUAUUGUAUACAGGUACAGGAUAUCUAUCUGGAAAUAAAACCGGACUGAAGACAAUACGAAUACUCGUGACAAACAUUUUUUACACAAUCUUUUGGGUUACAGACGAGCAACAAGUGCAACCACGUCAACAACCAUAUCGGACGCAUUUAAUGAUUUUGUCAUAAAAUGUACAUGUAGGCCAUGUUUGUAACCAAAGCAGACGUCAACAAAAGAAAAGCCGCAGGGGACGGUGUCAGCUGUCAGUCUAUCUUCGUUUUAUCUGGAUCAUCCCGAAAGAUAAGCUUCUAUUCCUUGACGACAUAAGAGCGAGAGCGGCAAAUAAUCGGUUUAGAAAUAAGCGAUAAUUCUGUUACAGAUAGUAAAAACAGUUUUACAAGACAAGCUAUACAGCUAAACGGUGACGACACGAACGAGGCUUGUAACUGUUUUGAACAACAAGAGCACCACACCUACCAUCGCUAUGAAAACAUUUCUUUUCAAGCCACCUGUAAGACUGUUGACACGAUCCCCUCCCGUUCCAAUGAGCGCUUCUGUACGGAUGAGAAGAUUCUCUAAUCGACAGUGACACAGUCGGGUGGUCGGGGCAAAGGUGCUCACCUGAGGGACACCGUUUACAAGAUGUCUUUUAGGGCGACGUGUAACUCGCUGUCCACUGCAGGAAUAGUGGCUCUGUUUCUUAUGAACGUCGCGAUGAGUUACAUGGUGUGGGUGGACCGUUAUACGUUCGUUAGGCAAGACGCCCGCGGCAACCGACAACUCGGCGGCUUUCAACAUACAACCCAAAGUACCGAUGUGCUGGAAGACAUGGUCAUGACGACACCAACACGCUCCGGUAGUCUGCGCAACAUCAGCGCUGGUCAGGCAAUUUUCCUGACUGGAAAACAGUCCUUAGUAAACAACAUAAACACC